AUACGUCACCGCUCUUUAACUCCUUGUCGUGACAGCCGUACGGAAUAUUAAAUAGGUGGAAAUUUACUAUUAAUAUUUAUGAGAGAUUCCACAUGGAAAAGAAGCGAGGAGUCUUAGAUCAACAGAUAAAAAAAGAUUGUGAACUUAACGGCCGUAGGGCUAAUUAUUUUUGCAGCAUUCUUCUGAUAACAAGAUGUCUUUUAAACCACAGAAACUUUAGGAAGAACAAGUUGUUAAAGGGAGUGUUACAUCGGCGUCUUAAAUUAACAAGAUUGAAAUGGCCAUCUUUGGUUUGAAACAAAGUACCUUGCUCUGGAUUUGUAUAACACUACUAGUGGUGGUGUCGGCCCAGUUCAAUCUGUUCAACCCACAACGACCGCCAAGAGACUCUGACAACUUCCAAAUUACAACGGAAAAGCCAUGUGAACUACUUCCCAACCCAAGUAACAGGAAGGUAUUCCUGAUGAAUGUUAACGGCGAAUGGACGGAUCGGCCUUGUGCAUUUGGCACACUAUAUAACCAGCAAACAUGUGACUGUUCAGAUCACGACCCCGAUGUCAAUCUCAAUGGCCGACGUUGUCGUGCACCACUUUAUAUACCGUUUAAUGGCGAGCCAAUCAGGGACGAAGGUGGAACAAAUAUUGCUCUUGGCAACAAUGGCAGAGUGAGGGCUGUCACUAAUGUCGGAAGUUUCGACGGUAAUGGAGCUCUAACAAUAUGGAUGUACGCUGGCAUAUACUUUGGGGAACAUCUCGGCAUCACAUUUCGUUUCAGAGACGUACAAAAUACUGAAAAUAUCGAACAGGUUUUGGUUUCCAACUGCUUUUACAACGAUAGAGGGAGCGUGGAAAUCGUCAUACAGCCAAGGCUCAAUAAAGUCGUGUUUAGAGGAACCACAGACAACCCCUUCACACAAGAAAUACACAUUCCAUAUCAGCCACAGUCCUGGAACACAGUGACGUAUUCUUACGAUGGCGUCACACUUACCGGUAAUGUCAACAACAAGGUUGUAUCGAGGCCUCUGACAGGGCCACUUACAGUUAGUCCUGGCAGCUUACGGUUAGGAAUGUGUAAUGGUCGAGGUUAUGUUGGCGAUAUUGACGAAUUCCGGUUGUGCCAACCCAUUUUGGCAACUCUCAACCAGAGUUAAAUGGAGCUGACCUUGGACGUGGGAGAGACGCCGUUACUUACACAUACCACAAAUACUAUAGGGUAAAAUAGACACAGUGUUUUGCUCUUGUAAAUACUAUUAUGAAACUAUAAUUUAUAACUAAUUGUCGGUGCAACAGUGAGGCGAUUUAUAUUUACAUCGGUAGAUGUCCCUGUUUGUUCAUUUUAUAUUAUGUAUCAUACAAAGGUAAACUCUUAUACGACGGUAGCUACAAGUUCCAAUUACUGAGAACUUUGUUAAACAAUACAUGAAACUGAAACAUUUUCUUCAUAUUAAAGUAACUAAUGAGAAAUUGUGAACGAAAUAAGUAUUUAUUAAAAUCAAUUUAGCAAUGAGUAAAUCCGU